AUGGGUCGUCGUCGAACAAUAAAAUCUAAUCGUGCAAGAAUGGAAACUUAUCUAAAAGAUAAGGACACGGCAGAGAGUAUUGGGGCAUCUUCAGCUGGUUCGCACAUCGAUUUUGAAGAUCUUUCUGAGAUUUUGGCCCCCCUCCCUUACUCGCCUGAGCCUUCAUCAAACAACCAUCGUCCGAUUGACACCUCGAAUUCAUUACAGUACUGGAGUGGCGGUGGUGCGACGCCGCCUUCAACUUUUAGCAGUUUCCAUUUUGAAAAUUACCCGUCCAUAGGAAGUAGUAGCCUCGAGUAUCCUCACAAUGGAGAACCACCACACUUCCGUACCACAUUACCCAAUACGGCGCCUGUCCCUCCCUCAGAUCUUACACCACCAUACAGCGAGGGUCUUGGAAUAAAUGAACUUCAUCGGCUCGGAGACAAUCAGGAGUGGUUUUCACUACAUGGCCGCCCGCCAUCGGAAACGGCAAGUCGAAAGGAGGCAGCCGAUCGCCCACUCGAGGCCGACCAGUCUACGCCACCUACCUACAGGUCAACGAAGAUUGCAGAGGACGGGAAAUAUAUUCAGCAAUUGUCUGAGUUAAAUCAAUCAUUAUAUCUUCAGCUAAAAGCUUUGGGAGAUGAUUCCUGGGCUUGCUGUCUGCCAUCCCUCUCACUGAUAUCCGGUUCAAACUCUGGCACAUCAACAGAGGCAGACGCUACAAAGCCAGUUGGUGAUAUUCUCAGCAGCUCGGAAAAGUUCGUUGUGCUUAUGAGCAAGUUUCUCCCACCGAAACAACCUCCUGAGCCUCUAUAUUCAAUGCCAACCUCUGUGCAUGCCGAGGCUCCCAAGCCACCAGACACAUCUCUAAGCAACAGCAAUAAGCGCGUCAAAGACAAGGAAGUAGGUGAUUCACGUUCGGUCAAACAAUCUGCCGAACUCUCAGAAUAUGAUUCCCACCCUGGACCAAAUUCCGUUUCCUUACUUCCUAUUGAUAUUUCGCCUCGCCUCGGACAACAGUUUCCCCUUUGCCAAUUAGAUAUUCCCACCAUCCUCCUAAUACUGUCGUGCUACAUUCGCAUGGCCUCCAUCUACGCCAAAUUAUUUUCCCAUAUCAACAAAUACCUAUCGUUAGCAUCAUCAAAUGAUUCCUCCCUGCCAAAGUAUAGCCCGGGCCCAAAAAACUCUCAAUCACCGCCAGACUUUCAUGCCAGAUCCCCACUUCAAAUCGGCGGCUUCUCGCUCCACAGCUAUGGCAACAUCCAAAUCAAGAUAUUAGUUGAGAUUUCUGUCCACUUCGUCACGCGAAUCGAGGGGAUUCUGGGGGUGCCCCGCAGGUAUAGGCUGAAAAAUGAUUGUUGGAAUGCGACUCAGGACGACACGAACUUAGCAGGCCGAGAAGAGAAUGAGGACGAAAGUAGGAAUAGCGAAGAGGGGUCCUCUUGUACGGAGUCUAGGAUAAGGAGUUUGCUAGACAUAGUAACUAUGGUCGUAGAGCUCGAUGGGAAUGAUGUUGGCAGCGGCCUUGGAGGCGGAGUCAUGGGGUUAAGGGAGGAAUUCAUGGCUUUGCAGAAAAGGCUUAAACGAAUAACGUGA